AUGUCCAAUAAAACUUAUCACGAAUUAAUUUGCACCACUUCUGAGCUACUCGGAGAAGCUACUCAAGCCGAUGAAGCAUUAUUCGAAAUUGGCAUCACUGAGAAAACAGCGAUUCAACCGAUUCUUUCUGAGCUACGAAUAAGGUAUACCAUAUUACUGGCAAGACUGGAUACUGUAUACGAUCAAAUGCUGCAGCCCCAAAAGCGGUUGGUCGUGAAACGACUGCUCGAAGCCUGUCUCGGAAGACUUCUUGAAGUGAAGCACGAUUUGGUGGAAAUUCAUCUAUCGGACCAUACCUAUGACGAUGACGAUGCUCUUGAAAAACUUCAUGUUACGCCUAUCGAAGCGGAACCCUGUAUUCCUGAGUACUUUAUCAGAGAAAGGGAAGAGGAGGUGGAGCAGCGUCGUAAUUUUAUUACAGAAGUUUUAAGAAAAUUAGGUUACGAAUCCCCAAAACCUCGGCCUCUUAUAUUGACUGAACAACAGGCAAUUAUUAUCAUACAAAGUCAUGAAAGAGCGAGACAGGGUCGACUCAGGGGUCAAUUUAUGAAAGAGAUUCGUCUUUUAAAGGAAAAAGGUAGAGAUCAAAAGAGCGAAAUGUCAGCAACUGCAGCGACUGCUAUUCAAAGAGUUUGGAGAGGUUUCAUAACUAGACGGGAAACUAGAAAAAGAAAACACUUAGAACAAUUGUUGAUUGGAAUGGAGCUACAACCUUUUAUAGAGUCUGAAGAAAUAAAGAAAGCUGAGCAGAUCAGACAACAUCGGAGAACUUUACAAAAUGAAUUAAAGAAAGAGUACAAUGAAGCCUUGGAUAAGAUCGAAAAAGAUUUACGAGUACAACACGAAGCUAAAAUCAAUGAACAAAUCGGAGAUGAAUUGAGAAGAUGGUUUACAGAGUAUUAUGAAAGAACAGGACGCUUGCCAGAGUUUCCUUCAGAAGACGCAGGUGGAAGUAGGGCUAUGUUUAGUAGACAAGGAACUGCCGCAGAUAGCGAUCCCAGUAAAAUGUCGCCUAUUUCAUCUAAGGACUCAAAAAGAAGUAAGGAAAGCAAGGAUAAAAAGAAUGACAAAGUUGAAGAUGGUAAAAAUAAAGAUGAAAGUGAAGAUUUAAAAACAUUUAAGUGCACUGAAUCAGCAUUUUUACAGGACAUAAUUAGUGCUAAUGAAGAGUUUGAGGAUAUUUGGAAGUUUAAGGACGAUGGCGAUGAACAACAAGAAAAAUUUGAUAAAGACAUGAUUGGAAGAGAAAAAAUGCUAAAAUUAGAACAAGAAAUAAGAAAUAACGUUGACGAAGUGAUGAGGGGUGAAUUAGAUCUUCUACAAGCGGCGUUUGAUAGGGACAGAGCUCAUAAAGGAAAAAAAGCAAAGAAGCCACAGAAAAAGGUUCGUCGCGGAGGUAAAAAGAAUAAAAAGAAGAAAGAAAAAGAUUUAACUCCAGAUAGAACAACGGAAUCCCUUUUUGAAGAAUUAAUUACAAAUGGAAUUAUUCGACCGUAUCCAUCCGUAAGAAUUGAUGAUUAUUUUGGCGAGAAAAACUAUCUAGGACAUGAAAUGCGAAAACAAGGCAUUGAGCCAUCUCCUUGUUUGGGAGAUAUACGUCAGCUUGUAAAAGAGUACUGCAUUCUGUCUCUCGGGUCUGAAGCUGUAAGAAACAGUGCUCCUCUAGUUCGCUCAGUUUUGAUUUCAGGACCAUCAGGCAGUGGUAAAAAAAUGUUAGUCCAUGCGAUCUGUAGCGAAGUGGGUGCCACACUUUUCGACUUAACACCAGCGAACAUAGUUGGGAAGUAUCCCGGGAAAACUGGACUAAUUAUGCUUAUUCACCUCGUUACGAAAGUUUCGAGACUGUUGCAGCCAUCAGUCAUCUGGAUGGAUGAUGCUGAAAAGCCAUUCGUGAAGAAAAUACCCAAAACAGACAAAACCGAUCCGAAAAGGUUGAAAAAAGAUUUGGUGAAAAUUAUCAAAGCCAUCAACCCCGAAGAUCGAGUGCUCUUUAUUGGGACAUCACGAGCGCCGUGGGACGCUGAACAAAAGUUGCUGUUCCAGUGCUACUCCAAAGUCAUACAGAUUCCUAGGGCAGAUUACGGCAGUAUAUCAUUAAUGUGGAGAUGUCAGCUGCAUAGAGCGGGGGCUUUAUCUCCGAGAUUAGAUUUGUCGUGCCUGUCGAGAGUUUCAGACUCAUACACAAUUGGUACGCUGUUGUCGGCUCUGAAUUCUGUGCUGACAACGAAAAGAAGGUUGCAAUUGAAAAUUCGAGCGUUGACAGCGCACGAGAUCGCCACGCAACUCAGCUGUCGCGAGCCAGUGUAUGCUGAGCAGGAAGCUGCAGCAGAAUCCUGGUGGUCUAAAACGCCUUUGGAGAGACGACGCCAAAAAGUUCUGCAACGAUUACUCGAACUAGAACAAGAAAACGAAGAAAAAGCUGCUGCUAAAUAG